AUCAAAUUUAUUUAAUUUAGUUUAUAAUUUGUACAGGGAGCUAUAUAAUUUGUCAUAGUAUUUUAUGUAUUUUGGAAUAACAUGUAGUGUGCGCUGUUACAGAUUAAUUUAUUUGUAAAUAUAAAUUCUAUAGAAUUCCGAUAGUAACUGAUUUCAUCAAAAUGUAUAAAUAUCUUUCCGCUUUCAAAUCAUUUAUUUUGGUUCUGUAACCGUAUAUUUCAUUAGAAUUUGGUAUUUGCUUAUUAUAUUGGGCUACAAUGCGACAUAGGCUUUAAUACUUUCCGAACACUUCCUGCUUGAGAAAUUGUUUGACAGCUUGACAAGUUGUUGUAGCAGGAAUUUGAAAGAUGUAUACGAUCCGAACGACAGCUCGUUCUUUUAUUUCCGCCAUUGCUUGAGAAAGUUUGGAAAUUAUGGGCAAGCCAAGAGGUCUCCGCACUGCUAGGAAGCAUGUAAAUCACCGCCGUGAUCAGCGUUGGGCUGAUAAAGACUACAAAAAAGCUCAUUUGGGAACCAGAUGGAAGGCCAAUCCUUUUGGAGGAGCAUCACAUGCCAAAGGCAUUGUACUCGAAAAAGUUGGCGUUGAAGCAAAACAGCCUAACUCAGCUAUCCGCAAGUGCGUGAGAGUGCAACUAAUCAAGAACGGCAAAAAAAUUACCGCUUUCGUACCCCGUGACGGUAGCUUGAACUACAUUGAAGAGAACGACGAAGUCCUGGUUGCCGGUUUCGGUCGUAAAGGUCACGCCGUCGGUGAUAUUCCCGGUGUUCGUUUCAAGGUGGUGAAAGUUGCAAACGUUUCUUUGCUUGCAUUGUACAAGGAGAAGAAGGAACGUCCAAGAUCGUAAAUCUUCUACUUAAUGAAUAAAAUACAUUCAUUUAGUUUCUACAGAAAACAAAAAAAAAAAUAAAACUCAUAAAAAUUUAAUAA